GCGACGUCACCGCCCCACGUCAGCACCUUGCGGAAAUAACGUUGCCGCUGUGAGAGAGCAGGUCGAUCGGAACCAGUACUCGGGAUGUUUUCACACUAGAAUAGAGACUUUGACAUCCAAAUUAACGCUCUGUUAUCUAGUUGCGCCACCAGUUGAGUUAGUGCACUUGUUCUCCCAUCCGGUGCCGGUUCCGGUUCAUAGGCGCAACAGAAAAAGAGGGACACAGUAUGUCCCUGUUACAGUCAGCGCUCGAUUUCCUGGCCGGGCCCGGCGGAUCAGGUGCCGCCGCCAGCCGGGAUCAGAACGACUUCGUCGGGCAGGUAGUGGAGCUCGGCGAUCUGAAGCUCCGGAUCAAACGAGUCAUCGCGGAAGGUGGCUUUGCGUUUGUGUAUGAAGCCCAGGAUUUGGGCAGCAGUAAGGACUAUGCGCUCAAGAGACUUCUCUCCAAUGAAGAGGAGAAGAAUAAAGCCAUCAUUCAGGAAGUCUGCUUCAUGAAAAAGCUGUCUGGUCACCCCAAUACUGUUCAGUUCUGCUCCGCUGCAUCCAUCAGUAAAGAAGAGUCGGACACAGGCCAGGCUGAGUUCCUCAUCCUCACAGAGCUGUGCAGAGGCCAGCUGGUUGAUUUUGUAAAGAAGGUGGAGCAGAAAGGACCCAUGUCAUGUGACACAGUGCUGAAGAUCUUUUAUCAGUCAUGUCGUGCUGUGCAGCACAUGCACAAACAGUCUCCACCAGUCAUCCACCGCGACCUGAAGAUUGAGAAUUUGUUGAUCAGUCAUCAGGGCACUAUAAAGCUGUGUGACUUUGGCAGCGCCACCACCGUGGCACAUUACCCAGACUACAGCUGGUCUGCUCACAAGAGAUCUAUGGUGGAAGACGAGAUCACUAGAAACACGACUCCAGCUUACAGGACACCAGAGAUGAUUGACCUCUAUUCUAACUACCCAAUAAACGAGAAACAAGACAUAUGGGCUCUGGGCUGCAUCCUGUACCUGCUCUGUUUCAAGCAGCACCCAUUUGAAGAGGGAGCCAAACUCCAGAUAGUAAACGGCAAAUACAACAUUCCUCAGAAUGACACCAAGUACACAGUCUUUCACCAACUCAUCCGAUCGAUGUUGAAAAUCAACCCAGAUGAGCGACUGUCAAUCAGCGAACUUGUUAGCCAACUGCAGGAGAUCGCUGCAGCCAGAAACGUCAACCCAAAAUCACCCAUUACUGAGCUCCUGGAGCAGAACGGAGGGUUCGGGAACAGCACACAGCUUCCCUCGCAGAUCAACAACAUACACAAUGCCGGUGUGUAUGACGCAGACCCAGCCAUGGGUGGAGGCUUCCUGGAUAUUCUGAAAGGAGGAACCGAAAGAUUCCUGACCAACAUCAAAGACACUUCCUCCAAAGUCAUCCAGUCGGUGGCCAGUUAUGCUAAAGGAGACCUGGACCUGUCCUACAUCACCUCCAGAAUUGCAGUCAUGUCUUUCCCAGCUGAGGGUGUUGAAUCUGCAAUUAAGAAUAACAUUGAGGAUGUGCGUCUGUUCCUGGAUUCUCGACACGCGGGUCAUUAUGCAGUAUACAACCUCUCCAAACGCUCCUACAGACCGGCCAGGUUUCACAACAGGGUGAGAGAAUGUAAUUUUUUUUUAAGGAAAAUUAGAAAUGUAAAAAAAAGGUUUCUGUGGUUGGCUUUAAAAAACAUGCACCAGUGGCUCAAACAGGACCACAGGAACAUCUGCAUCGAUGGACGGGCAGCGUCGGCUGUGGUGGUUUGUGCAUUCCUCUGUUUCUGUCGUCUGUUCUCUACGGCCGAGGGCGCAGUUUACAUGUUCAGCAUGAAGCGAUGCCCACCAGGCAUCUCUCCCUCACACAAACGGUAUAUUGAAUACAUGUGUGAUAUGAUGGCAGAAGAGCCCAUAAUCCCCCACAGCAAGCCUAUUACCAUCCGCUCCGUCGCCAUGACUCCCGUACCGCUCUUUAAUAAGCAGCGAAACGGCUGUCGGCCGUUCUGUGAGGUUUACGUCGGUGACGAGCGAGUCGCAACCACUUCACAGGAAUACGACAGAAUGAAGGAUUUUAAGAUGGAGGACGGGCGAGCGGAGAUUCCUCUGAAUAUAACUGUGCAGGGAGACGUGCUGAUAGUGAUUUAUCACUCACGCGCAACGCUGGGCGGACGCCUGCAGGCCAAAAUGGCUUCCAUGAAGAUGUUUCAGAUUCAGUUCCAUACUGGGUUUGUGCCCAGAAAUGCCUCCACUGUCAAAUUUGCGAAGUAUGAUCUCGAUGCGUUUGACAUCCAGGAGAAAUACCCCGACCUCUUCCAGGUGCAUGUAAAUGUGGAGGUGGAGCCUCAGGAUCGCCCUAGCAACAAGACCCCACCUUGGGAAAAUUUUGCCACAAAAGGACUCAAUCCCAAGAUCCUUUUCUCCUGCCGUGAUGAACAGCAAGAGAUCCUGACCAAAUUUGGUAAACCAGAACUUCCACGCCAGCCUGGAUCAACAGCCUGUUACACCUCUGAACCGGCCCAGCCGGAGCGUUCACCUGAAGAGCCACAGACCGGGCAGGAUUCCCCUUCUCCUCAAAGCACAGACACCAAUGCCAACAACUUCUUCCAGAUGCUUGACUGGGAAGAUGGCAGUCAGCAGUUCAGUUGUUCUGACAGCCAAUUGGAGGACCAGGAUGAUUUGAGUGGCGGAUCAGAGGAGGAGUCAGUGUCUUACUCCGCCCCCGUUGAUGGGACUCUGUCACGUGACACCAGUGAACCACUCUUCGAGGCAGACUUCACAACCACACCACCUGACCCUCAGCCCGACACAGAGGACCUACUCGGCCUGAACUCUGACCCCUGUCCCCCAGCCGCCACCACUCAGCCAGGCCUUGUUAAUGAGACGGGUUUGAAAAGUUCUGCCAGUAACAGUGAUUUACUGAACGACCUGUUCGCCCCUCCACCCAAUGCUGUGCCUUCAGCUAAUGCAGAAGACCUGAUGGGAGAAGGUACAGGGGAAGAUCUGUUCUUCUCCAGCACGUCCAGCCAACCGGCACCAACCACCAAUAAAGACUUCUUUGACCCCUUCGGUGUGGGGUCAGCCUCUGCAGGGUCCGAUCUGUUUGGUGACCUGCUGGGGGCAGACAGUGCUAGCAGUGGGUUCAAAGCUCCGCCUCCUGCAUCCAACUCCAGCCUCUUUAACCUUAAUAAGUUAGCAAGCGAGACUCCGAAGAUGACCUCAUCAGCGAGUCAGCCUGAUCUGUUAGGUGGCUGGGAAAACUGGACCACAGGAGGAACCAGCACGACUAGUAACAUGACCACUGCUGCCAGCAAACCUACUAUGAGUGCCUCAGGAGUCUCAUCUUUCUCCAAGGCCAAAUCUCAAAGCUUUGACCCCUUCGCAGACCUGGCUAACCUGGGCUCAACACUGCCUGGCUCGGCCAGCACUGGUUUCUCUGGCUCAGGUUUAAAAAUGGCACCCUCUGCAGGUGGCCCUAAGAACUCAGGUCAGCAGUGGCAGCAGGCUCCUCGGCCCUCCUCUGGCCCCAGCAAACCCUGGAUGCCUCCAAGCUCAGCACCCAGACCGCAAACCCAGCACUCCAAACCUGCCACCCAACCGGCUAAAUCAAACUACAAGCCCAGCUUCAGUGUGAUCAGUGGACGAGAAGAGAGGGGGAUCCGUGCGCCAGGCUUUGGUCCAAAGCCCAAAGUGAAAGAAGAUGACUUUGAGGAUCUUCUAUCCACACAAGGUUUUGGCUCCAAAACUGACAAGAAGAUGCCCAGAACUAUUGCUGAGAUGAGAAGGCAGGAGCUGUCUAGAGACAUGGACCCUCUCAAACUUCAGAUCUUAGACUGGAUCGAGGGGAAGGAGAGGAACAUCAGAGCGCUGCUCUCCACGCUGCACACGGUGCUGUGGGAGGGAGAGACCCGCUGGAGACCCGUCAACAUGGCAGAUCUGGUCACACCUGACCAGGUGAAGAAGGUCUACAGGAAGGCUGUGCUUGUUGUGCACCCAGACAAGGCUACAGGUCAACCAUACGAGCAGUACGCUAAAAUGAUCUUCAUGGAGCUGAGCGAUGCCUGGUCUGAGUUUGAGAACCAAGGAGGCAAAGCCCUGUUCUGAGCGCGCUCAGUGAGCGUCUGCCAGGAGCGGCGGGCCCCCUACAGGCAGCCUGAGGCACAGCGCUCUCUCCAUACACACAGCUCAGAGAGAGAGAUCAGUCAGAGGAAGAAAACUGCUUGAGGAACAGCCUAAUCUCCUCCUAAACUCUGAUGCGCUCUUCUGAAGAGCGAGACCUGUGGCGCUGGAUUUCUCCUCCUUCAAAAGGGGAACAUGCCAGCAUCCUUUUGUCACUUGUAGAUGAUUAAAAACCAUGCGCGUGCACACACACACACACACACAAACACCUGAGACUACAGUCUGUGCACUUCAAAAGAGCUCCAAAACAGAUGGUUUCUGGGAUGAAGACAAAAUGAUUAUCGCUGAUUUUUUUUUUUCAUGUCAUUCUAUGCAUCACACUUUUUUCACUUUUUGUUUUUUUGUCAAUUACUGAUGUAAAUAAUGACUCGACGUGUGUGUGUGUGUGUGUGUGGGUGUGUUUGAGGGUGGAUCAUGUUCAUAUAAAGCUUAAGCAGAGGUUUUGACUUCUGUGCUCCACGAUGUGAAGGCUUUCAUCACUUUGACUUCAGUUUUAUCAUGUUUUCGCUGAUCUCUAGUGUUAAUUCUUUCCAGGCACCUCGUGGGGAGGUGUGUUUGUGUAUUUGCGGGUUCAAGGCUCAAUUUCUGCAGUCCAAAGUGUAUUUCAGUGGCCGAAAACAAAUUUAACAUCAACAAAAAGCGUGAGCUUUCCAUAUAUAUAUAAUAUAAUAUAUAUAUAUUUUUUUUUUUUCUCGAGGACCAAUCAGAAAUGACUGUCUUAUUUAUUGUUUUGAAAGCUGUACAUGGCUAGUUGAUGGAUAUAAGAAGGACUAAAAUAACAAAUUUAUUGUAAACGGUGGAACAAGCAAGCUAAGCAUUUUCCAAAACUAAAAUCAUUCCAAAGCAUCUACUAAUAUGAAUGUGCUUUUUAAGAUUAUUGCUGGAAUGUAAAUCUUUUUUUUUUUCUUGUACCAUUAUCAUAUUUUCCACAAUAUUCUAUUUGAUGUUUCCAUAAUCUCUUAAUAAUGACACUAGAAUGUUUGCACCAGUCCCUCAGAACAUGAGGCCAAAUUCAGUGUGAAAUUGAAAAUAAAUAAAUAUAUGUCUGAUACAACUUAAUAGACAUUGAAGUGAGGGUGGAAAUUGGUGUUGUUUUUUUAUAUAUAGACCUAACAGUUUGCAAUAUUUCUUAGAGAAAAAUCAAGGACUGGAAGAAAAUGCUGAUUCGUAAAGACUUGGCAAGUCGAGUUCUGUAACCUGCUGCAUUUCUGAGAUUAUUCAUAUAUGAUUCUUAAGGGCAAUACGGUAAACGAAACCAAACCUUCAUGUGUGUUACUGGAUUCUGAGAGCUCAUCCAUUAUAGAGCGAAAACGUUUGCUGUUAAAGGGACUGAGGGGCUGGUUCAGAUUUCACCGUUUUGAGUGACUUUUGAAAUGUUUGUUUAUUCACCCUCCACCAAAGUCAUAAACGAUCAUAAAUGUUUCAGCUUGGAAUGUGGCACUGCUGUUCAAAAUUUUUCUUGGUUGUAUAAUCAGCGAAUAAGUUGAAUGGGCUCUGAUUGAAAUUAAUGAUUGAAUCUAGUCUAGAAAUAUAUUGCCUUAUUCUGUGAAUAUAUACUUCUCUUCCUCAAGAAAUGAACAAUGCUGCUGCAUUUUGGUGGAGCGUCAGUAUGUUUUAAUAAGACACAUUUUCUCUCUUUUAGCCCACUCAGCUUUCCUUUGGAUGUAAACUAGUGUUUUUCACCAGCUGUCUCCUGCGAUGCAGAACAAAAUCAUAACACCGCGGUCUUAAAGAUAUUUUUGUCAUGUUUUCUUUUCUCAGAUUUCGACCAAUAAACCAUAAUCAUGGUUUGGGUUUA